GAACCUAAUUCGCUCAUCCACAUCCAAACAAAGGGCCGACGAGAGAUCUGUAUAAAACAAUCGGUUCUUCCACUUCUUCCUCACCCACUACUGCUAAUCUUAGCUCUCCCGUCACUAACCUUUCAGUUCAUAUCCUCGGCGACCAAAUGGUUUCCGGUUCCUUCACCGGCGAGGUCACUCUCAAUGUCUCAGCCGCAAGACUCUGGAAAGGAGGGAUCGAGGAGCCCCAUAUCUUGUACCCCAAGCUCAUGCCUGAUUAUAUUUCCAAAGCCGAGCGUAUUGGAGAGGGAGUCGGAGCUAUUAACGUUUUCUACUACUCUCCGGCCGCAAAUCUGCCACCGGGAAGCCUCAUCAAGAACAAGAUAGAAGUGCUCGAUGAAGCGACUUUCACUUUUAAGAACUCGUCCGUCGAAGGAGGGCUCCUUGGAGUGCUUGUUAACUCAUUCACCUAUGAGUCCGUCUUCAUUCCAUCCGGUCCUGAUAGUUGCGUUGCGAAGAUCAAGUUCGACUAUGAAACAAUUGCGGACCAAGAUCUCAGUGAAGAGGAACUAAAAGCCGGCAGAGAUGGAUCGAUCGCAGUGCUCAAGGCCACCGAAGGAUAUCUACUUGCCAAUCCUGAUGUCUACGCUUAAAUUCAUAUGCAUAUCGCUCAUCCAACCUUAGCAACAUCCUUUUCAACUAUGUUUCCCUUUGACUCUUAUUUAAUAAAUGUGAACAAUAAAUGGAUG